AUGGCUCCUGAAACAAAGAGCCGUAAGCCAGCAAAUACUGCUUUUAAGCAACAACGUUUAAAGGCUUGGCAGCCAAUUUUAACUCCAAAAACUGUUCUUCCAACGUUUUUUAUCGUUGGAGUCAUCUUCGCACCACUCGGUGGUCUACUUCUAUGGGCUAGUAACAGCGUUACAGAACUAGUUAUCGAUUAUACCUAUUGUGAUUCUAGAGCCGGCGAUUACCCUAAUAAUUACACCAGUGUGCCUUCAGAAUUUAUAACAGCGACAUUCCCUCAAGUAUCAUCCCAUCAACAAUAUGCAUCACAAAUUCAAUGGAGUCGUGAGGUGGUGGCUACAGAAGAAUUUAAAUAUACUAAUUCAGGCGUUUGGCGUUGUCAUCUUAGAUUCCCUAUUCCUUCAACAUUAAAGCCACCAUUAUUUAUCUACUAUCGAUUAACAAAUUUUUAUCAAAAUCAUCGAAGUUAUGUUAAAAGUUUUAACGCUAAUCAGCUCAAGGGCAUGGUUGUUUCUGCAGAUACUCUAAAAGGGGAUACGAUCCACAACCUUACACUUGUGCAAAAUAUCGAUGGAAGUAAGGCAAACGAUACCUAUGUUCUUGUUAGCAAAGGAAUUGCCUGGCCAUCAGACAAACAAAAGUACGGUCCUACUAGUUACUCCCUAAGUGAUAUUGUUCCACCACCAGAUUGGGCGAGCGCUUAUCCCAACGGUACUUACACCGCUGAUGCACCACCACCAGAUCUAUCCACAGAUGAACUCUUUCAAGUUUGGAUGCGUACAGCAGGUCUUCCUGAUUUUAGGAAAUUAUAUUCAAGAAAUGACACUACUAUAUUACAAGCUGGAACUUAUGAUGUUUCAAUUGAUUAUAGAUUUCCUGUAACUCGAUACGGUGGUACUAAGUCAUUUGUAUUAUCCACCGUCUCGUUCCUUGGAGGCAAAAAUCCAUUCUUGGGAUUAGCUUAUAUCGCCGUUGGAAUUGCAUGUGUCGUAUUAGGUGCUAUUUUCACUGCUCGGCAUUUGUAUAAGCCAAG